AUGACUGUGCAUAAUGUUAGAAGGACAACAGAAAAGAAGCAAACUUUAAAUGAUAUACAUGAUUCAAUCCUUACAAUCCUUAGUGAUGAUCCUCAUCUUCGUAAAAUUGCGAUUAAACCUCUUAAUGAAUUAUUAUAUCGUUUAACUGAUAAACCUAUUGAAACUCCUGCAGAAACGAAAGAUGAAGCAACAGAAUUUUAUGAAAGUAUUAAAGAAGACAACGCUUUACCAUCAAUAUUAGAUGAUUUAGAAAAUAAUCUUGUAUCAAAGCAAUCACAGUCUAAGGACAAGGCUAUUUCAGAUAAUGCACAAGAAAUAUUACAAGUAAUUCAGAAAAACGCGAAUCGAAAACUUAAAUCUGUUGAUUUGAAAAUAAUAGCUCAAUAUUUCUCUGCAAAACAUUCAAUACCUAUACUUAAGAAACUCAAGAAAUCCAAAAUGCGAUUACUUGAAUGGAUGUCACAUAAUUGGGGUACUUUUGAGCCCUCAUUAAACGAUGCCAUUCAGCACUGUCGAGAAACUAACAAAUGGGAUAAAUAA